AUGGCGCUCCCAGUACCAAAAACGAUGUUCCAACACAUGCUCAAGGAAGGAGCAAAGGUAUUUCUAGUUUUAUGAUAGUUAGAAGCAAAGCUAUUUUUCAUUGCUACAUCUACGUUGCGGCAUUUUUGGUUAAAAAAAUUCAAUUUAUGAGGGAUCUGUACCCAAUUGAAUGGCAGAGCCGGUUGGCACGUGCCACAGGAUUUGUCAAAUUUUCGACUUCGAGGAAAUUGUAGUUUUUCUUGAAACGCCUUUUAGUCAUCAAGCUCUUUCCUUCUUUUUACGAGUCUCGAUAAUUUAUUUUUGCUAAAUCAUCGAAUUAAAUUUUAAGCGCUCGACCCGAUAGACUGACGUCGCAAAUGAUUCUUUUAGAAAGUCGUACGUUCCUGUACAUGCACAAGUAAAGCUCCUCUCCUAUUGGAAUCGUAAGGUUGCUUAGGCCUCCGUCCGGAUAACCAAGGCUCCCAGCUCUGAAAAUUUCUCCCAAUCUUAAAGUUUUCCUAGACACCCAAAGACCUAAAGUUUGUUGCCCAUCUUUGCAUGGUAUCCAAAUUUGUUAGAGCACAGUAGUUGAAGGGAGGUGUUUCUCUACCUGACUGUCUUUUGCCUUGCACUUUAUGUGGUCAAAGAAUAAUCCUUUAAGCUUAAAUUAGUUUAGAAAUUGUAACAACGUUUAUGUUAGUUUCAGCUAUGUUCUUUAAUCCCAAGUUGUGAUAGUUGCAUAUUGGAUAGAAAGGGGAGGGUAGGGGGGAUUUACCCUCAAAUUGUGCCACACACAUGUGUAAAGACUAUUAAACAACAUAUUCAGAAGUUGUGAGGGUUACUGAAAGAUACAAAAGGCCUUAUGCUGAAUUUAUUAUAUGUUGUGACCAGGACAUAAUUACCUCGAGGAGAAAAAAAAAUUGGUGUUAUUUCAUUUUAUAUUUAUUGCAAUGUGACUCUUACAAUAGAUGCACAUUGCAAUAAGUGUUACACUUGAGAGAUAUUUUUCCUUACAUAAUUGCAAAAAGUUGCUAGAUUGGUUGUAGUAGCAACUAUUGUCUGUAUUUGUUUUGAAUGAGGUGGUAAUGACAGAGCUUUUGCUUAAAUAAUCAAUGCUUGAAAAUAUAUUUAUCUCUGUAUCUCCUCACUAAAAAGGUUUCAAAUAAAUUUUCAGCACUAUUCAGGUCUUGAUGAAGCAGUUUUCAGAAACAUUACAGCCUGCCGCCAGUUCACCCAGAUAACAAGAUCGUCAUUAGGACCUAAUGGUAAGUGUGAUGUCUUUGAUAGCUUAGACUGAUUAGUGAUAAGAUACAAAUUAAUACCCAAAAUGCCUUACCAUGCUAACUUGGCAAUCAGUCAAAUUCCAGAGUAAUCUUGUAGGGCAUAAAUGAUAUCCUCACUUCAAGACCUAAAAAUUUAGUCAAGGUAGUGUUAGGUAGGUGAGCGUUAUGUGGUGAUCAUUCCCUUUAUUCUCAUGACCCUCAUGUAUGGUUCAGGGGCGCUGCUGCUGUAAGAAGUUAGAUGCUGGUCACUCUCAGGGGUUAAAGUGUUAAUUACAAAUGUUAUCUCAUCAGGUACUCUGGUUAUUAGAUUAAUUAUUGAAAGUAAUCCUUCUGCAAUUUUCUUCCAAGGUAUGAAUAAAAUGGUUGUGAAUCAUUUGGAAAAACUAUUUGUGACAAAUGAUGCUGCUACAAUAAUAAAAGAAUUGGAGGUAAAGUAUGAAAGAAUCAUUGAAAUUAAAGAUUUUGAGUUGGCACUUCUUGAUCAGGCCCUAAACAAACAAACAAACAAGAAUUCUAAGUGAACUCAUUAACUUUGAAAUGUCAACAAACAGGUAGCAGACCAGGGCUUAAGAUUGGACCCUGAUACAGGUGCCACUGCAACAAACACUUUUUUGUUGGGGGCCAAAAGUUCUGGUGUGGUGACCACCUUGUGGACUAGAUUUUUAUCUGUUUUGAAUUUUAAAGUACCUCAUAUUGUUUAUUUUUGCUUCUGUUCUUGAAAACAAAGUGGAAACUUGUAUAAGGAAGGCCUGUCAGCAUUGAACGCCCCCAUUUUUAGACACACAUUAUGUAGACAAACACAGAGAACAUUUAAAUGGAGUCCUGAUAAUCAAUCCUGUAAUAAGUACAGUCUUUGUGUAUGUUGAUGGUUCAAUUUUUCUCCAGGUUCAACAUCCAGCAGCAAAGAUGUUAGUGCUAGCUUCACAGAUGCAAGAACAGGAGGUAAUAAGAAUUGAGUUUAAAGCAGAGGAAGGCAUGCAGUGCUAAAAUUGGAAAAAUUUUGGUAGGGGUCCUUAAUUGCCAAAGGCUUGGAUUGAAGUUGUUCCAUUAAACUGAUAUCAUUGCUGUGGUGUUCUCGAAAAAAGUUUUCUAGGUGUGCUCUUGGAGAUACAACCCUUAGGCCAUUGCUUUCCUGGGCAUAAUUACAAUAAACUUGUAUAAGAUGCAAUAGUUUAGGGAAUGCCUCUCAAAUCUCUGUUUAUUUGGUAACAAGCUUGCUGUCCUAUGAUGAUAAAAAGGAGGUGCAUUGUAACAUAUCUUCUAGGUUGUCUGUGAUUUUAGCCAAAUUGUUGUGAAAACUUGUUAUCUCCCUUUUUGUUCUAUGGCUAUAUGUUUAGGUUGGAGAUGGAACAAACUUUGUGUUAGUCUUUGCUGGUGCUCUUCUUGAUGCUGCAGAAGAGCUCCUGAGAAUGGUAAUGAUUGCCUUGAAUUUUGCCUGUUAAGUAGCUACUGGUAUAAUUUGAAAGUUGGAAAAUCUGUAGCUGCCUUAGGGACACUUUUGUUUGCCAAAUUUGCUUACUAAGCAACUUAGUGCUGGUUAUUUAUGUGAGGUCUAACCCAAACCACUGUGGUUUUCAAAAUUAGAGGGCCACAGGCUUUCUCUAUAAGAGGGUUGAAUUAGGCAAGUAAAUCUCCUACUGUUAGCUUUCUGCCCUCUUGACACUGUUAACAAAACUUAAUGUUCAGAUUAAAGGUUUAGCCUAAUCGAGGAUUGUGUAGGACACAGUUUUGUUAAACAAUGGCUGUAAACUUUGUCUAAAUAAUCAAACCUUAAUGUUUUGAGAAGUAGAAAUUCAGGGGUCACAAAUUUUUACGAAUAACAGUAUAGUAAUGCAUUAAGCCAUGAAAUAAUUUCCAACACCUACAUUUAGCAACACUUCAUUAUUAUUUUGAUUAACUUUAAUUUGGAAUUAUUCAGAAAAUUGCCAAAUGUGAUUGUUUAGUUGAAGUGUCACAGUGAUGUUUCAGAUACAACAUGGUUCAAAUUUGUUUUGGUCUCUGUAGGGUCUCUCUCCUCCUGAGGUGAUUCAAGGCUAUGAAAAGGCUUGUAAAAAGGCUUUAGAGAUAUUACCAGGUAUUAUUAAUAAUUUUAUAGUUAUCAGUUAUGCCCUUAGCUCUUCAUGGAGGAUGGCCCUUAACAAUUUCCCUCUCCAUCUUGUCCUGGGCUAGCCUUUUGAGUCCAUGUACAGCCCCACUUCUUCAUCUCAGCCUGAAAAUCUGGCUGCUAAGUGCUGUUUGGGUGUCCCUUUUUCCGUUUGCCCUGGAGAUUCCAUUACCUGGUAAAAUUGAUAGUUUUAUGCCAUUUUUGGUUAAAAUCUUCUGAUGGAUGAUGAUAUUAGCUUGAACUUAAAGUAUGCUUUUCAGUGAAGAAUGCAUUUCCUUAUGGGGAAGGCUUCAUUACCUUUUGAAUUAAGCAUCUGAGCUUUGCAAAAUAGGCAAAAGCUUUUGACAAAACUCCUGCCACGAAGAAGCAAGAGUCAAUGCCAGUACACAAUAUAUGGCAAUAUAAGCUGCAUUCUCCUAUGUUCGUGUAGCUAUGAAAAAUUGAUCCACUCACUGUGUACUGUUAUCCAGUUUUAUAACUAGUGAGAUCUUAUUUCCAUUUUCUUACACCUCUGUAGUGGUUGAGUUUGUUUCAAUUUUUUUUUUACUUGAUUUCAAAUCAGUUUUAUUUUUAUUUUCUCAUUUCUCAUUCCUGAUCUUAAACUGAAAUUAAAGAAAGUAAAAAUGUAACCAGUUUGGAAAAUUCCUUGUUAAUAACAUAUUUGAACCCCAACUGGUACAAGGCAAAUUCCUGUAAUAAAGUAGGAGGAGGUUUAUGAGGAAUUUACUCUUCUGUAGAACUGAGUUGCUCGGGUUUAUCUGAUAUGAGGGAUAAAGAGGAAGUCAUCAAAGCUCUCAAAACUGCAGUGGGAAGUAAACAGGUAUGAGUUGGUCAAAAAAAUUCCAAAUUAUACUGUGCUUGCUGAGGUUAAGACGAGGAACAGUUCAAACCAUUCAAUCAAAGCUGAUUACCAGCAGUCUACUGGAGCCGAUAGGCCUCUUACUGCUGUCUAUUUAGUCUGUAAGGAGGCUCUCAUGUUUGGGUUUCACCUUCUGAGCACAGCUGCCUAUUACAUUGUCAGCAGCUGCUUUUGGAAAAAGUUAUUGAAACCCCUGUAUUAAUGAAGGCAUUUUUAUCUGAAAGUCACUGGAUACUCUCUCUUUUCUCAGUAUGGAAAUGAAGAUUUCUUGGCAAAAAUUAUCACAGAAGCAUGUGGUAGGUGAUCGUAAUGAUAAUCAUUAUCUUGGUAUCUUACAGCUGAACUUCUGUAUGUAUAUAUGAGAUAUGGCCAGUGCUAAACACAGACAGUGUGUGUAUCUUGACCUCCAAUGUUUAUUUCUGAUUUUCUUCUUUUCUUCUUUCUAGUCUCUGUAUUACCAGAGAAAACUCCUUUUAAUGUGGAUAAUGUGAGAGUGGCAAAAAUUUUGGUAAGAUUCACAAGUCUUAUGGAUGCUCUAUGAUCCUGACAAAUUUAAAUAAUUGUUUGACAAUUAAUUUUUGGAGUUACUUGUUCCUGUACAUGUAUAUUAGAAAGAAAAUCGUUUAAAGCAAACCUUGCAAUCAAUAUAUUUUCAUUGUAUUUUGCAAGCUUCAGAAAUAUAAUCAGGUUCCCAAUAGCAUCAGCACACAACAAAUCUUUUUCUUGUCAUAUUUUGUCUGUUACAGGGUUCAGGUCUUCAUAGUUCAGAAGUUGUUCAAGGAAUGGUGUUCAAACGUGAGGUUGAGGGUGAUAUUAACUCACUUCAGAAUGCUAAAAUUGUAGCCUUUUCUUGUCCAUUGGAUGCCAUGACAACAGAAACAAAGGUUGGUUGAGUGCCUAGUGAUUUGACUCACAUGUAAAUUAUAGUGGGAAGAGGAAAGAUGAAGUGGUUAGAAAAUUAAAAUGUAAACUUAAGUGGAUAAAGACAGAGGUAAAAACUUGAAUUAAACCCAAAUGUUUGUGUCUAAUGUUGUUUUUACUAAAUUCCUAAGCAUAGGAUGGCCUUGCAUCAGCAUAUAUGAUAAUUUUUAUAAAAAUAUGCUUUUUUUAAUUUUUAAUGAUGUUACAGUACUUUAUAUUUAGUUGUACAUCAUUGAUUGUAUGAAUGUGUUUCAGGGUACAGUCCUCAUCAGAAAUGCAGAAGAACUAAAGAGCUUCAGCAAAGGAGAGGAAGAACAACUUGAAAAGGUCAGCUAGCUUCCUUUAAUCAACAUGCAUCUCUCUAUCUUGAGUUUGUUCUGAACCUCUUGAGGCAAACCUGGGAGGAAUUUGCUUUUCUAUUUAGAAAGACAAUUGGGGGACUCUUCACCUAACACUUUUGGACCUUUACUCCAAACCUGAUGCUAUUUAACCCUUUACACCCUAACAUCAGUAUGCAUAUUCUCCAUACUGUUCUCCAUAUAUUUCGUAAGCUGCUGGUAAGGAGAAUUUAUUCAUCAAUCAAGAGGUUCUUUAGUUGGUGAUUGUUUCCUUUUUUCUUGUGACUGAAAUGUGUGAUUCAGGGCUGAUAUUGUUAGGAGAAGUUAGAUGCUGGUCACUCUUGUGGGUCAAAGGGUUAAGUAAUUUCAUGUUAAUAGCAAGCAACCAGAAACUACAAAAAUUUUUAGCAAUUUAGUGCUUAAGCAGUCUGCUGUUUUCCUUGCUUUUGUCCUAGAAAAUGUUCUCUUUGAUUUCAGCAAAUCAAGGCCAUUGUUGAUACUGGUGUUAACUGCAUUGUAACUGGAGGAAAAGUGGCUGAGAUGGCCCUACACUUUUGUAACAAGUUUAAUAUUUUAGUAGUUAGGUUAGUUUACCUUUUCUACAACAUUGUCUUGUUAAAGUUUUUUUUGAAUUGAAAUUUCCUUGUCCAAGAUUCCUGUAUGUUAAACUCUAGAUGACUAGAAAUCCUGUGAUAUCAUAUUGAAAUUGCUUUCUCCCAGGUUAACUUCAAAGUUUGACUUGAGGAGACUUUGUCGGUCUGUUGGUGCAACAAUACUUCCGAAGUUUGUGAGUAUCCGAUUUCUGCAAUUUGACUAUUGAUAUAUUGCUUUAUUGAACACCUGGAUUAAUGGAGGAUGUCUUUGUUUGUUUGAACAUUUAAACGUGGGGUAAUCUUUAAUUUAAGUGUAUGUCAGGUGAGCAUCAAACAGUAUCACUUUAGUAUGUCAUUCAGCAUGUGCUUCACCUCGAACAACUUGAGUGCAGUUCUAAAGUAAUAACUGAUAAUAUGUCUAACGGAGAGUGUUGCUCUUUUAACGAAAACCUACCGAAGAAUAACCGAAACCUCAUCGAGAGUUGACCAACAGCUGGCCUAUGCUUUGGUAAAAACCUAUCGACAGUCUUCUCAAGGAAACUGUUCUUCACUUUUACCAGAGAAAACAUUUUAGUUCAGUCGGUAAUCGAAUGGGAAGGAUUGGAAUCUAUAGUUUUAACAUUGUUUAUUUAAGGUUGUACUCUCUUUUCCACCAGACUACCCCAACGUCAGAGGAGAUAGGUUACUGCGACGAAAUCAAGGUGGCAGAGAUUGGUGGUACCUCUGUUACAAUCUUCAAACAAGGUAAAAUGUUGUGACUGGACGUCAUUUUCUGACUGAAAAGUUAUCUAGAGCUUUUAAAUACCUGUCCAACAGUUUUCGGUUCACUUUCCUCAAAAGUCUCACAGUUGCAAUCAGCAAAAUUUCCACGAUGCAAUCUAUUUGAUUUUUAUUUCUUGAUUUUUUUUCUCUGCUUUAAGAGCGCGAGGAGACGGCCGUGUCUACUGUAGUUAUUCGCGGUUCAACUGAGAACAUCAUGGAUGACAUUGAGCGGGCUAUUGACGAUGGUGUGAACACUUUCAAAGCACUGACACGGGAUGAUCGCUUUGUACCUGGUGCUGGUGCUACUGAAAUAGAACUCGCAAAACAGAUAUCUAGCUUUGGAGAGGUAUGUUGAGAACAAGGGGGAAAUUCCUUUCAAGUAUAUGCAUCAUUCUCAGACACAUAUUGGAAAAACCUUGAUUUAUUAUGUUUGUUUCUGGGGUGCUGUUUGUUUGAUUGUUGGGUUUUUUCUUUUACUCGUUUUCUUUUUGAUGAACUUUGUUUUCCUAUCUGUCGAUCUGUCUGUCCGUUUGUCUGUCUAUAUAUCUAUCCGUUAUCUGUCUGCUUGUCUUUCUGUCUGUUUUUCGGUCUGUUUUUCGUGUCUUUCUGAUCGUCUUCUAUCUGUCUGCGUACCUGUCUGUCUGCCAAUUUGUCUCUCUGAGGUCUUUCUAUCUGUGUAUCUGUCGGUCUGUCUGAUGAUCUAUCUGUCCGUCCCUCCGUGUGUCUGUCUGUCUGUCUGUCUGCUUAUCUAUCGUAAGAUCAGUAGGGAAGAAAAACAGUCCUCGUAGGUUGUUUGAAGAAGUAUCCAUAAGGAGAGAAUUCUUGGCUUCUUUGGCUAAUUGCAUUUAAAUCUUUUCACACAGACCUGUGCAGGCCUAGAACAAUAUGCCAUUAAGAGCUUUGCCGACUCCCUGGAGGUCAUUCCCAAGACCCUCGCCGAAAAUGCUGGCGUUAAAGCCACGGAGGUGAUUUCCAAACUGUACGCAGCCCAUCAGGCUGGGGAUAAGAACGCGGGAUUUGACAACGAGGUAGGGCCUGGUAUCAGAGUUGAUUUGGCAUGCAAAAUGUCAAAUGGGGAGACACAAUGCUUUAAGUGUUAUGUGUUGUCUCUUUGUCGUUUAUGAGUUGUUAUUGUCAUUAUUUUGUUUUCAGAGUGGAGGCGCGGCAAUUAAAGAUGCUGUGAAAGCGGGAAUCCUCGACUUGUAUCUUGUGAAGUACUGGGCGCUUAAGUUUGCUACAGAUGCAGCCGUAACGGUGCUGAGAGUUGACCAGGUAUCAAGGCAUUCUGCAUACGCAUAUGAUACUGUCCCAAAUCUUUUUGUGUUCAAAGAGCAGUAAAGCUUGGUUACCUGUAGUAGGCUUCGUAGAGAGUAUAUUUAUUAUCUCGUUAGUUACUUAAUAAACUUUAAGUCCUUUUUUUUCUGUUUUUAUUCCAGAUAAUCAUGUCUAAACCAGCUGGAGGACCAAAACCAAAAGAUAAUCCUAACUGGGAUGAAGACUAGCUUAAGAAAAACAUUGUGAAUGAAGAAUUAUCCAAAGUCAGCGAUCUAAUCAAGCGAUGACCGUCUAUGAUUUCUCCGUUUCCUCUAUUUUAUCGUCACGCCUGCCGUGUUCUUGUUUUAGUCCAGUUGUAACCAGUCCUAGGCCGUGAAAAGUCCGUUCAUGACAUCACCGAAGUAGGUCACGCGAAGAAUGGACCGCGCGGAAAUGAACCAUUAUGUUAAGCAAAAUCGCUCACGCUCUUACCGCAAUUAUUUCUCCCCGUUUUCGGUUUUCAGUGCACAUUUUAUUUGAGAGUGGAGGCUUGGCGAUGUACAAGAUAAAUAGAGGAGUUGCUGGACUUAUUUGAAUCCAGGGAGAGGUGUCUUAUCGAACUUUAAGUUAAUUUGUAGACACUGUGUCGAGAAACGGUCUUGGCUUUAGCCUGAAAUGUGGCUUUGUCCUUCAACAGAAAAAGAUAAUACGCGAAUAAACCAGUGUGUUAAAUGAGGACUUUGUUAACAACAUACAAUCGUUAAGAAGUCCUUUAAAUUUUAAGAACUUACUGACCGAGUGGGAGGGGCAGGACUGGGUAGAACUUAGCCUCGGGUCAUGAAGUAUGGAUUAAGCUGAUCUGCCUGGGUCAGUGAGUCAUAACCGAGAGGCAAAUAUCUCGUCUCAUCUCAUUCGUUGAGCAUUUCAUUCGACGACCACCUAUUUUUCUCUUUCUUAUUUUCCUCUUUCAGUGAACUCGAGUUUGUUUGUUUGCUCGUUUGUUUGUUUUCCCAUGAAGAUUGACAUUGUGUGCUCGGUGCAACUUGCACGAGUCUUAACUCAUCAACGAUGGGGUAUAACUUUGACACUUUCGUGCGGUCCACACGAAUUCAGUUCUUCUGCCGUUGAUAACAGGACGAGGGUCAAAACGAACAUCACUUGAUUAAAAGUUAACGGGAAACUCAGAUCAAACUUGACACCAAAUAGGUACUGAGAACUCUCGACGUAAUAUUCAAAAUACUUUGGGGAAAGCCGGUUUAAGCCGAUCCACUCUGCGAAUGUGAAACAGCGGGAGACUAGCCUAGAGCAACACGGACGGCUGUUGUAGAAAGGAAACCAUGGAGAGUUGAAACGUUGAAAACUUUCCCCCUAAAAAAUACUUUAAUAAUGUGAUAUGUUGUAAUGGGAUGGCUGAGAACCACUCAAAUCAGGAAUUAAAAAAAUUUAGCUUUAAUUAAUUCAAUCACCAAGUAAAUUUCGCAAUGAGGGAU